ACCCGACGAAAACAGUACUAGCCAUGGGUCGUUUCAACGCUUUCUUCCUGUCGCUCGCGUGUGCUGUUUUUUUCGUGUCAACUUUCUCAGCAGGAGCGAACGCCCAAUCUUACAUGGCCAUUAAGGCUGCGGCGGCCCGAAAGACGGCUAACGACGCGGAAGCGGUGACGACCGCAGCGCUGGCGGAAUACAACAGCAAGCUCAAGGCGGAGCAGGCGAUUCAGAAACUCAUCGACGACGCGAAUGCCGCUUUGAAUGCCUCGCAGACGAAUCUCGCGAAUACGAAGAAGCAGCUGGACGACGCGAGGGCCAAGGCCGAGAAAGCGCGUCAGGAAAUGAUCAAGUUCAGGGGGGCACUGCAGACGGAGCAGGACUACCAUGACGAGCUGGAGCAGCAAGCGGCGGAGGCGAUCGCCGACACCGCGGCCUUGGAAACGGACAUCGUCCCCACUCAGGAGCAACUGGACCUCGCUAAUUCGCUCGUCGCCGAACAGACCCAGAUCGCCAAAGAGGCCACCGCCGACUCCACGUACUACGCGCGCCGCGCCGCGAAGCUCAAGACGCCCGAGGCGCAGGCAGCGGCCGCCGAGGCGCAGUUGGUCCGCGCUCAGGCGAAUCGCAUCCUGGGCGCGCUUAAGAGGCAGGCGGCGCUCGCCCUGGACGCCCUGGAGACGAUGCAGUACGACUUGACCACCGCGCGAAAGGACAAGAUCGACACGCGGAAGGCCGCGGACGAGCACCUGGUUGACCUGAACAAGGCGCAGAAGGACGCGAAGGAUGCGGAGGGGGUUUACUACAAAUACGUGGGCGACACGAAGACGCUGCCGAAUCUGAUCAAGACGCAAAUGGCCGACGUUCAGGUGAAGACGACAGCCGCGGCGAAGGCCACCAAAGACAACAAGGCGCCUCUUGGGGUGGCCGCUGGCAUUCGCGCGGCGGCCGAGACCAAGUACAAGCAGGCGAAGGCGCGAUCUGACUCGCUCAAGGCUGCUGCGGAUCAGGCGGACGCGGACUCCGCGGCGUACGACAAGGCGCACUCCGUCAACUGGAAUAACGGCAACGGUAACGGCAAUGGUAAUGGCAACGGUAACAGCAACACUGCCACCACCGGCACCACAAGCACCACCGGCACCACUGGCACCACAAGCACCACCGGCACCACUGGCACCACAAGCACCACCGGCACCACAAGCACCACUGGCACCACUGGCACCACAACUUACCACGUAUUCGCCCGCCGUCUUAUCAUCCGAUUUCCUCCCAUCCGAUUUCGCGUGGGAAACAUUCUGACCUAGGAAAUGCCUUCUGGAGCUUUCAAAGCUC